CCAUGGCAACACAGCAGCUGGCUGAUGGGCGACUGGUGACCCGGGUGAUCAACAAGUGUGUGUGUGAGUGUGCACUCUCCGUGCAGACAUCCUGGGGACAAAUGGAGCCACAGAUGCCAGGCAUGGAAAGGAGCUAUACAGGAAAUGAGCGCAGCAGAAAUGACUUUGACCCCCCAGUGGAUGAGGAAAUCAACCCAAGGCGCCGCGCCAUGGAGGGCAGCCGGGAAGAUGAGCUCCAAUUAAAGUCCAUGAGAGAGGAGGAUGACAGCCAAUUCUACAGGACGCUGACAAAGUUUUUAGAAGAGGAGACGACCGCCGUGGACCUGCCAGGAAUGGUGACCGAUGAAGAGCAGGAGGAGUUCACCAGCCACAGGAGACAUCAAGAUGCUAUGGCCAUCCCCAGAGUGUCAGGGCUGAGGCAGCAGGUGGAGGACGACGAGAUCCCACGAUACGUGGAGCAGUUCAGGGGACACGUGCAGGGGGACAUGGUCACGCUGGAGCAGGAUGAACUCGGCCAACAACAAAUGAAAAGAUUCCACAAGAGACUUCCAGCAGCCUUCCAAAAAGCAGAAAGCUACCUGGUGAAAGCAGUGAAGACGUGCCAAGGUGAAGUGACGGCCCAGUAUGGUGAGCUGAGGGAGUGGGGCAGCAAGCAUGGACUUGAUGGGCAGGUGGACUGGACGGGGACGCCACAGCCAGUUGAGGUCAGACUGAGGUGCCUCCGGGGGGUCCGAGACAAACUGCCCAGCGGACGUUACACACUGCGAGUCUCACUGCACAGCCGGCUGGGUGGACGCGUCCUGCACCGGUCAGCGCCGAGAGUGACGACGGCCGUCCAGCACGACGGACACUUCCUGAGCGCGGAGCUGCCCUUCCACCAGAGCGUCUGCACUAAAGUCGAGGAGGCCCACGUCUUUGAUGCGCUGUUACGCUUCCCACUGCAGCCGGAGAUUCGACAUCUUAAGGGACAAGUGCUGCCCAGGAUGAGGGACAUGCAGCCUGGCAUGGUCUUUGUGUUUGAACUUGGUCUCCACUCAGGGACCGCACUCCAUGCCACGCAGUUCUUCGCCUGGGGUGCUUUCCCGAUUUGCAACCUCCAGCUGGAAGCUGUGGAAGGGAAGUUCAAAUGUCCGCUGUUAAGUGGCCAUUACAGUUCCAGAAUUGACCAGUUUGGCAGAUUUGAAGCAUCAAUCCUGUCUGACUUGGACAACUGGCUGUGCAAUCUCUACUUCGAGGUGCUCAGGCUUCAGCAGGACGUGGCCACACAGGAGGUCACCCUUCAGAUGGCCCCCCAAGACAAUCACACCUCAGACUGUUUCUACCCUACUGGAAGGGCUGAAGAAGACCAUCACAGAGGCCACAAUGCCCCAGAGUUGUGUCCACAGAGGUCAGCAGCCUGGCUGUCCACCUCCUGUCCAGGUGAAGAAAGCCAGCAGGUGAAGCCCAAAUGCCCCCCACGGAUGACGAGAGACGCCCACCUCCCGGCUGGACUGUCCAGUCAGGACCUGAGACCCCGGUGCUCCACUGAGUCAGCGUCCCCUCUCAGAGGUGAAGACCCCAUAGGCCGCCGUCCCCCUAGGCCGUUACCUGAGGAUGACUUUGACGAGUACUCGUUCUCUGUAAGGCCUCGCCAUUCACAGACAGGAGGAGCAGACGGGAGAAUCGCCGACUGCACACGUUUCAUCCUUGUCGGGCUGCUGUCACAGCUUGUCCCCUCACGCUGCUCCCUUCGUCAUGUGGUCCUCGUCACACUGCCACUCGCUGUGAUGUGGUUUGGGAGGCUCUACCUGCACUACGCCAGCCAGUGGCUUCUCCUGCAGGCCAUCGGUGCUCCUGUCAACAGGGUCCGCGUGCGCCUCUACACGGUGGAGCUGAGUUACCAGAGUUCCCUGCUUCGUGCCCGUGAGGAGCUGGCCAUGGUGCUGGUGGGACCCCUGACCUUGAACGCCGUCGUGCUUCUUAUGGUUCUGAUCAGAUGUGGCUGUCAGCUCGCGUUUGACUCGCUGCCGUCUCUCCUGUCAAACUCGAUCAUGGCGAUGGGGCUGUGGACAGCGCUGGACCCUCUGGCGGUGUUUCUAGUGGAUGCCAUCCUGGGGAACCUCAGCUACAGCGCCGAGAAGCCCACUGGAGACGCCGCAAAACUCUACUGGCACUUCAAGAGAACGCAGGGCUCUGGGGUGCCGGGGGUCUUCAUCACCCUCUUCCUCUACAUUGUGCUCCUCAUCUGCUCCCUCACCAUCCUCUACAUCUACCUGGUCAGACUCCAUCAUGGCGGCCGUAUGUUAGAUGUGUUCCAGCGGCUGACCGCCGAAGAGGACGCCUUCUUUGUUCCCUUUGAUCUUGAGGUGUCAAACCAGGAGCUGAGUUACAUUGUGAAGAAGGCCGAACAAUGGAGGGGUGCCAGUGGAGAGAGGAGGAAGGUGGCCGUGUACGAUGACGUGAGCACCGAGGGCGGCCCCUCCAGAGCGCCAGGGCACCCGAGUGAGCGGGAGGAGGUGUCCGCCACCCACGUCUCCAUCUUCACUCUCCACCUCGACGGGUUCAAAAGCCUGCACCGCCACUUCCUGCGCCUGCCGGACGGCGCCGUUCUUGAGGUCUUGAGGGACAGCCAUGAAAUUACAGGCCUACAAGUGGAGGUCACCACCGGCAUGCAGAAACACUUCGGGGAGACUGAAAAAGAACCUGCGCUACGCAAGAGGAAGAAGAAGGCGGUGUGGCGCUCUCCGAGAGUGAAGCCGACAGGAACAACUCGUUCAGAGUCCAAAGCUGAGUUGAUCGCUUCCAGAGCGUGAACAUCUGCUGAGAACAUCUUGGCAGUGCAAAUGGGGGGAAUAGGGGGGCACCGGCGCUAUGUGGCUAUCAACUGAGGUGCCUUCGCUAGUUCAGGUCUCGACGUCUCCCUUCAAUGCUCAGACCACCAGUGAGCCGCUGACACCUCUGGAGUUCCUUUGUGUUUGUGUGUGUUAGAAAGAAGAAGAAGAAGAAGAAGAAGAAGAAGAAAAGCGCCUCAUAGAGGACGACACAGGUCACUGCUGGAGAAUACCAAGGACCCAGUGGGUUCCAGCCCUCCAUCUGUCCAUUCAUCUACUUUUUCAUUCUUCCGACUGUCCAUUAUGCCUUCUGUUUAUUUUUUCAUUCCUCCGUCUGUGUUUGUCCAUCCAUUUUUCCUUGAUCGCCACCUUCUACUGCAUUUCUUCCUCCAUUUAUUCAUUCAUUCCUCUGACUAUCUGUUGUCCAUCUCUCCACUCAUCCCUUCACUUAUACAUUUACCUUUUUUUCCAUCCAUCCAUCCAUCCAUCCAUUUGUGUGUCAUCUCUUCACUCUUCCCUUCAGUUUGUCCCUCCAGUGUUCAUUUGUUCAGUGAUUCUGUUCGUCUGUCCGCCUAACCCUUCAUCCCUCCAUCUGUUCUUCCAUCCAUCCAUCCAUCCAUCAGUCCAUGCGGUCAUUCAACUUUCCAUUACUCCUCCCAUUUAUUUGUCCAUCCCUUUAAUUAUCCACUUUCUCUCCAUCCAUUUGUUCAGCUACUCCUCUCUUCAUCCUUCCAUUUCUCUGCCACUCCAUCUGUCCAUUCAGCCCAUCAAGUAGCCAUUUUGUCCUCCAGCUCUCCGUUACCCUCAGAUUUCUCCGCGCCCCUGUCUUGUCCCUGCCUGAUCCCACACCGACCUCAAUGGAUGGAAGGCACGGAUGAUCCCCUGGACGUGGCAGCUGUGCCCCCCUCAAAGCCAUUGCCACACAGUGGGCCCCCAGAAUGUCACCGGCAGGCUGAGCCACCAUGUGACGUGUGUCCCCGGGUCGUGGACAGAGAGAGGGCAUCCAGCCGGGCACACGUGAGGACCUCAUACAAACCCUUGUGCCCACCCAUGUGGCUGUCCAGUGUGACAGCCAGGCCUUGUCACUGUCACUCUCUAAGGGUUAAUGGCCUUUUUUUUUUUUUGUUCCUUUAAUAAGAUUGUUGUGUAAACUAUUGUAAAAUCUGCUGUACGUGGAAGAAAGUUAAAUAUGUUUUAUAUUACAGCAAUUAAUGACCCAAUAAACAAUGUAAAUUAAUGAUUCCAUUAGGAAAUUAACUGGGGUCAUUAGGUCCUCUCGGCCGCCCCAACAAGAUGAAAAAUGAAGAUUCUAAAAGUCACUAAUCAGAAGCAGUGAUAAAAUAUCAAUAUCGGGCGCACAUUAAGCGGGAUAAUAUUCCGGCUGCCUGAUAUGUAUUGAAUUUGUGUCUGGUGGCUGUAAUGAAGGAGGCCACAAAUCACGGCUUAAUGGGAG